UUACAAAACCCCCACUACUUUCUCUUACGUCUCAUCGAUUAAUGGCGAUUGUGCCCACCAUCUCUGACACAGAUUCACUCUCCUUUAACCACACGACCAUUAACCAAUUCAACUAUCAAUUCUCAUGGCGAUUAAUGGUGGGACUUCAAAUGAUUCGUCUUCUUCCUCCAUAUCCCCUCUUUCAUCCCCUUCUUCUGUCGUCUAUGUCGAUUUAUAUGGAAAACGCCGCCAGAUUGCCAAAGUUCAGGUGCUCGAUCGAGAGAUUAGCUUGCUACAGGAGGAGAUAAAAUCACUUGCGGAGCUCGAACUUGCAUCAAGAUGCUGCAAAGAGCUUGACGAUUUUGUAGAAGCUACUCCAGAUCCGCUCAUAGCAAUCACAAAGCACACUCGUGGUAGAUCAAGAAAAUUGUGGAGGAAUCUUGGGAAAAAGUUCGGUUCCGUAUUAUCAUGUUGUUGCUGUUGUGGUUGUUGCAAGACAAAAAGCAAUUGUAGAUGCUGCCCGUCAGCAAACUGUUGUUGCUGCUUUGGCAGCACCCAACAGAAGAAGACACGUAUCUCGGGACACUUUGAUUUUAGAUUCUUUGCAUAA